GGCGGUUUCCUGCUUCCCAGCUCCGAACAGCUGGCGGGGUUUGAAAGGGUGCGUGUGUCAGCCCCGCGCAGCCAGCCCAGCCUCCGACCCAGGGUCUCUGGACAAGGCGACGAGGAGCCCCCGGCGUGCAGCGAGCGAGGCUGGGGCGGAGGCGCUGGCUGCUGCCCCCCGGGCCAGGGGAGGCUCCGGCUGAGCCCGGCGGCGCGGCGCCCCGGGGGCGGCUCCGCGGAGGACGGGCUGGGCGCGUAGCGAGGCGGCAGCAGCCCGGGUGCAUGCGGCCGGCGCCGCGGCGGGGCAGCCCGGGAUGAGCGGCGGGGAAGUGGUGUGCGCCGGCUGGCUGCGCAAGUCGCCCCCGGAGAAGAAGUUGAGACGAUACGCAUGGAAGAAACGUUGGUUCAUCUUGCGCAGCGGUCGGAUGAGCGGUGACCCGGACGUCCUGGAGUACUACAAGAAUGACCACUCCAAGAAGCCUCUGCGUGUGAUCAACCUCAACUUCUGUGAGCAGGUGGAUGCAGGGCUGACCUUCAACAAGAAGGAGCUGCAGGACAGCUACGUCUUCGACAUCAAGACCAGCGACAGGACUUUCUACCUGGUGGCCGAGACGGAGGAGGACAUGAACAAGUGGGUUCGCAGUAUCUGCCAGAUCUGUGGCUUCAACCAGUCUGAGGAGAACGCAGACACUCUGAGGAACAUUCCCUUGGUGAGCCAUGGUCCCCGCUCCUCCCCAGCAGAGCUAAACAGCUCCAACCACCACCUGCUCAGAGAACGCAAGUCAUCAGCUCCUGCCCACUCCAGCCAACCUACCUUGUUCACUUUCGAUUCACCUGCCAACCACGUCCAGACCACCUUGUCUGCCAGCGCCCCACAGGACUAUCUCUUCCUGCACCAGUGUAUGAGCCGAAAAUCAGAAAAUACAAGGAGCGCCAGUUUCUCCCAAGCCACAAGGUCCUCGUUCUUCAUGAGGAGUGACACAGCCGUUCAGAAGCUCUCCCAGGGCAACGGACACUGUGUGAACGGGGUCGGCGGGCAAGUCCACGGAUUCUACAGCUUGCCGAAGCCCAGCAGGCACAAUUCGGCGCUCAGGGACAGUGCCUAUGACCUCCCGCGGAGCUUUGGCUCUUACACUCACACCAAAGCCAGCCUCACGGGCUCUGACACGGAUAGCGAGGAGGUCUAUACCUUUAAGACUCCCAACAACACCCUGUGCAAGGAGUUUGGGGAGCUCUCCACGGACUCCUAUGACAUCCCCGUCACCCCUCUCUCCGUAUACCAGAUCCCAAGGACAUUCACGCUGGACAAGAACCACAACACGCUGGCCGUGGCCUCCAGUGAUUCACCUUCUGCUCCCCCACCCCGGCCCCCUAAACCAGGGCAGAUGGAGUCACGGUGGGGCAGCCCCCAGCAGCACCCUCCGAAUGGUGAAAGCAUAGGUAUGGUCUCCGUGGCGGCUACCAUUCCCAGGAGGAACACGUUACCAGCUGUGGAGAACAGCAGACUACAUCGAGCUUCUUCUUGUGAGACUUACGAAUACCCCCAGCAUGGUGGCAGCAGCGCAGUUCAGUCAGCAGACUCUGUGAAUGAUGGGUUCAACUCAUAUCUGCAAGCCAGAGCCGCAGUGGCUCGCUCCCACAGUGCUGACUCCGAGGACAAUUAUGUCCCAAUGAACCCAGGCUCCUCGUCCCUGCUGAACAUGGAGAAAGCCAAUGACAAUUCCCAGAAUCUCUACAUCCCCAUGAGCCCUGGUCCGCACCACUUUGAUCUCCUGGGAUUGUCCUCGACGACCCUCCCAGUCCAUAAAGGAGGAGCCAUUUCCCAGUGCCACAGGCGGCUGAGCGAAAUCCAGCCCCCGCCGGUCAACCGCAACCUCAAACCCGACCGGAAAGCAAAGCCAACGCCUCUGGACCUCAGGAACAACACAGUUAUCGAUGAGCUUCCCUUCAAAUCGCCGGUCACCAAAUCUUGGUCCAGACCAACCCAGACUUUCAACUCCAGCGCCUCACAAUACUGCCGCCCAGUCUCCACCCAGAGCAUCACCAGCACUGACUCGGGAGACAGCGAGGAAAACUACGUGGCCAUGCAAAAUCCUGUUUCUGCUUCUCCGGUUCCUAGUGGCACCAACAGCCCAGCAGCAAAAAAGAGUUCGGGGAGUGUGGAUUAUCUAGCCCUGGACUUCCAACCAAACUCACCUGGGCCACACAGAAAGCCCUCCACAUCGUCAGUCGCCUCAGACGAGAAGGUCGAUUAUGUGCAGGUUGACAAAGAGAAGACACAAGCCCUGCAGAACACCAUGCAGGAGUGGACCGACGUCCGGCAAUCAGCAGAGCCCGUUAAGAGCAUGAAGCAGUAAUGGACGGGGCAGAUGGGGACAGCCAUCCAGACAGGCAGAUGUCCAACGGGUUUUCCCAGGCUGGGGUUCCCCUGGGUAUGCGAGCUCACUUUGGGGUUGCAUUGCUACAGUACUGUUGUUUGGGUCUUUUUUUUUAAAAGAAACUUCAUUUCAGGGGAAGACUUGGCAGAUAUUGUUUGCCAGUGACAAAGACCAACUACUUGCAGUGGCUGGGUUUGUGCUAUUACUUUAGCUGCUGGAUAUACUGUUCAGGAACUUAAAACUUAGCAAUACUGGGGUCACAAGUGCCCUGCAUGUCUUUUGCUUACAGCUGUUAUUAAAGCCACCUUGUGCUUGCUAACACUGUAGUAUCUCUCUCAGUCUUCUUCUGUACUGUACACCUGAACUGUGCCGAAUGUAUACUGGUUUGGUGGCAUCCUUUACAGGACACGGAUUCCCGCUCCAUACCGUAUGGUGGCCCUGACCUCUUCAACCUCUUCAAAAAAUGGGCAACUGCCAGUUCUAAUAUGUACUUGUUUUAUUAUCAAAUCGCUUGUCAAUAACGACUGACAUGCCUUUGUAACCUGCAGGGGGCGCUUCUCCAUCAGGCGGCAUGGCUUGUGUGCCAAUACCUGUAGCUUGCAAAGCGCCCAGACUGACCGACGGGUUGAGACAACCUUAGACCUCCAGGGCUGACCUCUCCUCCCGCCCAGCACACACAUAAUGUAUCAAACAGCAAGAGGUGCCUCUACUUUUUAAAUGGGUGUUGGUGGAAUGGGGGUGGGGGGUUCAAAGCUCCCCAAAAUGAAAGGGCUGGCAGGAUCGGCCUUGUGAAAGCAGAAUUCAAGGGCUAGAGGCUUGAACUCAAUGGGAAUCCUUUCACUGACUUCAAUAGGCUCUGGAUCCUGCCCUGAGGGCCAACUUCUACUCAGGGCGGCAGCGUUUGCAGCCUCAUUGGGAGACAAUUCUGCUGCCGUUGAAGUCAGCGGAAGCUUUGCCAUUGAUUGCAAUGGGAGCAGGAAAAGGCUCCCCUGAGUCUGAGUGGAAAGUUAGGCCCAUGUGUGACUUGUAUGGCUUCAUGAUGAGUAAGGGGAAUGGGAUGUGGGACUGUCGACAAGGAUCUGGCGAGCGUAGCUACUCUACCAAGGAAGGAGUGGAAUUGUUGAAGAGGAGGGAGAGCUAGGUGUAAUGCAGUGGAGUUGAGUGAAAGAAAUGUAGGCUACUGGUGAGCUCAUCAGCUGGAGAAUAGUCUCCCACGAGGAGUCAGGGCAGUCCCAUCACUUGAGUGCCCUAAAACUGGCUUAAAUAAAGCAGUGAGGAACGUGCUGUAGGGAACGACUGUGCACUGGGCCCUAAGAACUGACCUGUGCCGCCUUCCCCCAUCUCUAGUUGCCUCAGUCGUGUGGUUUGCACAGUGCGGUGCCUCAACAGUACAGUAGUAAUUGGUGUUGAUGAAAUUAACAAUCCUCAGCUCUAAUGAACAAUGAGCACCAAGUAUACAUAGGGCAGUGAGGUCCAGGGUCUUGACUCAUCCGGCACUUUGGGUUCAUCUUCUUCUAAGCCCUUGUCCCUCUGAGAGGAGUGAGAAGGAAGGGAGACCCUAUUGCCUGGAUAAUAAUCUGUAAACACAUGGAUAACAAUCCAUGACCCCGUAACAAUAUGGAGGAACAACAAUCAACGUGUAAUGGUCUGAUUGCCAAACAGAAUGCUAGAAACGUGCUAAGCACUGAUUUGGACAAACAGCAUUGCUGUAAGCUAAGAGUGAACAGAAGGAUAAACCAAGAGGUUAAGAUAAACACAAUGAUUAAAGAACUCAGAGUAUCUAUUCGGCCCCUACUCCCCCGUCCCAUUGGCAACAGGGAUGGAUGACAAAGGGUGAGUUUUCAAAUGGGCCUAAAUGAGUUAGGCACUACA